AUGAAUGUUAUGAUUAAUGGAAAAUAGUAUCAAGACUUAUAUGGAAAAGGAUAUUAGGAUUAUGUUUAAAAUAAAUAUUCUUACUAAAAAUUCCAACAAAAAGUCUAAAUAAAUUCAAGUGAAUUAACUAUAACUUUUUCUGCAUUAAGCGAUGGAUCAAAUUUAAAAACUUAUCUAGCUGAACUUUUUCUUGGAGUGUAAUUCUAAUGUAAAUAAUAAUUUUGCGAUUCUUGUGUAAAUGAUUAUAAUACCUGUGAAACCUGCUUUUAAAAAUACUAUUUUAAUGGAAGCUAAUGUUCUCCUUGUGAUAGUAGUUGCUUGACUUGUUCUGGCUCUUAACCAAAUAAUUGUUUAACUUGUUAAACUCCUUUAAUUUAUAAGCUAAGCACAAAGACAUGUGCAUCAAAAUGCGAUCAAAAUGAGUUUAUUAAUUCAAGUAAUUAAUGUUAGUUAUGUGAUUCAUCUUGUGCAAGCUGUAAAGAAUCUGGACCGGAUAAAUGUUUGACUUGUAAUCAAAAUAUGUUUCUUUUUAAUGGUUACUGUGCUGAAUUAUGUCCAAACGGAUAUUAAAGUAACACAAAAUUACUUACUUGUAAUUCAUGCAACAUUAAAACAAGCCCAGAUUGCAAUUCUUGUUACCCUACUUGCUAAUUAUGCAAUAAAGAUUCAGCUUAAGAUAAGAAAUGUAUUACUUGCUAUACUGAAACAAUGAGGCUUGACGUAAAUUAAAAUUGUGUCUGCUUGAAUCCAAAAGACAUAAGGAAUAUUUUUUAUUAAUGCAGCUAUUAAAACAUAGCUGUCCUUGAUGCUUAUUUAAGUGAAUCCACUCCUCAAUUAACGAUCGACUUUGGGUCUUCUCUUUAAGAUAUACCUAGCAAUAUUUUUUAACCUUAAUCCUUAUGCUAAUAUUUAUUUGAUUAAACUACAAUCGACAUCAUUGGGUCAGAUUCAUAAUGUUAAAUCAGUCAAAACUUAAUUGAAGUAUUUCUAGGUAAUUCAGCCACAAUAAUGGAAAAUGACGCUAUAAGUUUUUUACCUAAUAAACUCAAGUUUUAAGAUUAUAAUACUUAUUUUAUAGACACAUUUUACAGAAAUAUUGUUUCUUAGAAACCUCCUAAAUAAGCUUAGCUUUAAUUUGAAUAUAAUUAGAUAGAGAAUACUUGUAAUCCGAUUAAAAUUACACUUUCUAGUAUUUAAAAUGAUGCAGGAAGAAAAUUUGCAAAAGUAAACUGGACUUUAAUACAAAUUACAGGUUAAAUUAGCAAUUAAUAACAACAGAACAUUGUUUAAAUAUUACAAUAAGCAAAUUCAAAUAAUAGUACAUCGCUUAUAAUUGAUCCUGAAUAUCUUCCACCAAACAUAAAAAUAUAAAUACAAUUCAGCUACUAACUAAAGGUCAAUUAAACAGGCUUUUAAACUUUUAGUAUAUUUUACUAAUAAUAAAAGAUUAUUUAAAUAAAUUAUUAAUAAUCUGUUUAUCCCCCAAUUUAUAGAUAUAUGAGCUUUAACUUGUACUUUAAUUUUUAUGUUUAGAUUUGCUCUUUAGGCUAAACGAUUUAGUCUUUAGAACCUCUAGAUUUAUCAUUAGUUUCUAAUUAAUUAACGGAGCAAAAUAUCAGCUAAUACAACCAAUCUAAUUAUGAGUAUGAUAUCCUUCCAUAUACUUUGACAUCAAACUAAGCAUUCAAAGUUACUUUCACUUUAAAGCUGAGUUCUGACAACAAAGUAUUUUCUGUAAAAGAGGUUUCAGUUGAUGUUUUAGUAUCUAAUUUGUACUUGCAAAUAGUUGGUGGUACUAGCUUUAUUGUGAACUAUCAAAAUUAAUUUGUUUUGAAAUCUGAUUUUAGGGAUUAUGAAAUAGAAGACCCAAAUUUACCUCAAAAUAUUAAUUUUAGCUGGUAAUGUCUGAAUGUAUCGAGUAUUGAUCCUACUUGCUAUGAUUAUGGUAAUAAUAAGAUUUAAAUUGAACAAGGUAAAAGCAGUAUCUCUUUUGCUGCUAAAAUAUUCUAACCUUACACAGUCAUUUAGACUACAGUAUUUGGAGAAAAAGACAUUAGAAAAAGUAGUUCUACAGCCAUUUGCUUUUUUUCAGAAUUAGAUAUUCCACCACUUUUAGUAUAAUAUGCAGCCUCGUUAACAUAAAAAAUUAACUUAAAUGAAGACUUAAACUUUGUUAUUGUUUACGGCGGGAAUGUUUCUUCAGAUACUUUAUCUUAUGCAGGAGCUAUAAUCUAUGAAAAUAAGGUCGUUGGAGUUAUUUAAUUUGAUUUCUAUGUUGUCAGAUUUAGAAUUUGGAAUUAUUUCAAAGAUAUCAAUCCUUCUCAGCCCAAAAUACAAAUUCGGUUUUCAGCUUACAAUCCAGAAUUUGUUAUGCCAAGCUUAACGACAUUAAGUUUUUAUUUAAAUAUACCUCCUUAGAAGUGUACCUUAGUAAUAAACCCUUAAAUUGGAGUAGCUCUUUAAACUGUAUUCUCUAUACAAUAUUUGAAUUGCGCAGAUGAUGAUCUUCCUCUGACUUACUAGUUCUUCUACUACAAUUCCAUAGAUGAUUAUAACUCUGAAUUAAUUUCACCAUGGAAGAUUCUGAGAAGACAGAUAAAAGAUUAGACAACUUAUAAUUAAGUUAAAACUGUUUUGCCUUAAGGAAAUUUAGUCAUAUUGAGCUAAGUUAUGGACUCUUAACUUGGAAUAACUAACACUACUCAAACAAUUCAAGUUGAUGCAUAGAACAAAUAGUUUGAUGAAUAUUAUGAAUUAGUUAAUCAAUAGAUAUAGCAGAUUCAAUAAAAUUAUAAAUCAAUAACAGACUAACUAGUCGCUUUGAGCAUAGUUGGAGAAGACAUAAGUAAAAACACUUAAUUAUAACUUUCAUAGAAAAUGAAUGAAUUGUAAGCUAUUUUAGUUACUAGUAUUUAAAAGUUGUCUGUGCAAUUACCAAAAUUUUCACUAUUAUCUACAUUUGCAAAUAAAGUGAUUGCAUAGGUAUAAUAAACAAUAUAUACUUCAUAAUAUCAAAGCCAAUCCACAUUGAAGAAUCAAACUUUUGAUUAUUUGAAAACUAUAAUUUAAAAUACUUAAUUAAGUAUAAAAAACAAUAAUCAAAGUGCACUACAAUAAAAUAAUGAUAUUUAAAUGUAAAAUACAUUUGAUUCCUUUAAAGUUCUAAACUCAAGUGUUAGUCAAAGUACGAAGAACUCACAAAGUGAUUUCUAAAAUUAUGAAAACAUAAGCAAUCAGAUAGGAAUACUGCUUUCUAAUUUAAGUUUACCUAAUUAAGGUGAGAAAUAUUUAAUUGGUAACUUUUCGAGCAUUUUAUCUGAUAAAAUAACUUAAAAAAGCAUUGAAAAAUAUGCUUUGCCUUUUGGUGAGUAGAACUCAGAAAAUAAUACCUAAAUUUAUAGCAUUUCAACAAACAAAUACUAUGAAAAUAUUUAUGAAAAUACGCCUGACUUUUAAAAUUAUGUGAAUAAAUAUAAAAAUGUUAGUCAAAACUUUACUUACUCAAAGAAUAAAUUAAUAUCAACAUUCAUUUACAACUCUGAUUACUCAGGACUACAUAAUGAGCUAAAUAUACUAUAUUAAUUUGAUAGCGCAGUAUCAAGCUAAAUAUACAAAAUGGCAUGCGUAUAAAAAAAUGAUGAUGAUUGGAGUUAAAAUGAAUGCUCUAUUUAUAAAAAUAAUUAAAAUAGUAAAAUGUGUUUAUGCAACUAAUAAAAGCCAACAACAAUCCUAGAAGACAUUGAUGACAUGCUUUUGAAAAACAAAAACUUGUAAACAGCAUUUGGAGAAUAAGGUAUAACAAAUUUUUCAAACUUUAAAAAUUUCUACAUGUAUGUGGCAUUCUGGAUGUUAUUUAUAAUUACAGCAAUUUAGAUUUGUCUAUUUUUUAUUGGUAAGCGUUUAGACAGAAUUUCUUGCAGUCAGCGUUAUUAAAAAAUCCAUCAAAAUUAGUAAAAUAAUCAAAAUAAUUAACAAAGUUAAUAACAAGAACAAUAACAACAAUAAUAGUAAAAUAUAAAGAAAUAAUAAGUUGUCAGUAAUUAAGAAUAAUAAGAUUUCUAAAGUUUAUAGUAAAUUUAAUAAAAACAACAAAAUGAAAUUGUAUAAUAAGAUGAAUAAUCAAAUGUUGGACAAUAAUCUAAUGAAAAUGAAUUAAAAAAUAUUAAAAAUUUAAGAUUUUAAAAAACAUUUUUAGAAAACGGAUUUAAAUUAUUACAGUUUAUUCCAUUAAACAAGCCACAUUUAUCUAUUAAUAAUAUUGAAAGCUAAGAUCAAUAAGGAAAAGAUAUAUAAAAAAGUAUACAAGAAACUCAUCAAGAAGAAGGAUUUAGCUCAAAAGGUAUUUUGACGAUAAAUAAAUAAACUCAAUCUUAAAUCUAACAAGGAUAAGUAGAAAAAAAAAUUUAGUCUAGCUUGCUAAAGAUCGAAAGUAGGCCUUAUAUUGCAACUUCUUAACAAUUCGUAGAAUUGCCUUUAACUGAUUUAAUUGAAAACUAAGAAAAACAAAACCUUAGCUGUAAAAGUAUCUUUUAGGAGUAACUGCCUGUUAAAAAUUAAUAUGAUGAAUAGAAAAGUGAGUAAAAAGAAGGAAAUAUGAAAGUUUUAUCUACUGAAACUUAAAGAAACUCAUUAAAUAAAGUUACAGGUGAAUAAAAUAAAUAAAAUUUAAAAUUAAUUUAUAAGCAAAUAUCUAAAUUCAAAAGAAUUGCCAUAUUUCAUUAACUUUUUGCUAUUUUUUAUCUGUACGAUGAUAUGAUCUCUAGACCAGUGAGGUUUACUAUAUUUUAUAUUAAGAUUAUACAUACACUUUCUAUAUCGAUUUUGUUUGCUGGAUAUAAUAUGCUAGAUUAGUAGAUAGUUAUUGCAAUAAUCAAUAGUGUUAUAUUAAAGGUAGCUACUUUAAUCAUAUUACUUACUUUAAAAAAAGGCAAAUGGCUAAAAAAUCUAUCAUAUUUUUUCCAAAUCUUGAUAUCUUUGUUCUAUUUAUAUGUAAUUUUAUCGGUUACAAGUGGUAAAACCCCAAGUGAAUCUAAUCAAUUCAUAUUCUUAUUUUUAGUUUCUAUUGCUGUUGAACUCAUUUUAGUAGAGUUUAUCAUAUCCUUUGUUAAAGCUGUGUUAGUCCAUAAAUAUUUUUUGAUAGACAAUGACAAAAGUAUUUAUUAUAAAUUAUUUAAUGUCCUGGAUGCUAAAAAAAUCUUAGAAAGUACUGACUUAUUGAUUGAUUGA